AUGGCGGCCGCCAUCUCCGAGAUGGUGGUGACACCUGUGGAGGGGGUGAUGCUGUUGCUGCAGGUGCAGGCCUUGUCCAAGCAGAUGUGGGCAGCCCAGCAGUACAAGGGCACAGAGCACUGCUUCGUGUGCAUCUCCAGGGAGCAAGGUGCUGCUGAGCGACAGUUCCGGGGACUUGGUGACUGUAUUAUUGAAAUUGCAAAGACAGAUGGACUUCCUGGCCUGAGGCACGGUUCUGGUCUUUCAGUUCAGGGAAUCACUGUGUACUGAGCCUCCUAUCUUGGAUGUUAUGACACCAUUUAAGGCUUCCAUUUUUGUUUUCUUUUGCAGGGAUUACUGGCAUAUCCAAAACAAACUCCAUUCAUUCCUUCCUUUUUCAUUGCCCAGGUUGUGACUAUUUGCUCAGGAAUGCUGUCUUAUCCUUUUGACACUGCUAGGAGACGCAUGAUAAUGCAGCUACAGGAGACUGGACAUCAGUAGAGAAGAACUGUUGACUGCUUUAUGAAAAUACACAAGCGAGAGGAGUUUAAUGCUUUCUUCCAUGGAGCAUUCUCCAACAUCCUGCAGAGAACAGGAGGAGCCUUAGUGCUCAUUCUUUAUGGCAAAAUUAGGGAUGUUUUUAAUCUCAAUGUUUCAGAAAGUUCAGGAUCCGAUUAA